AUGCCUCGACGGCAGACGCGAUCCAUGACGGCGGCUGCGCUGAUGAAAGCCAACACAGGAGCAAAAGUGGGCAAAGACACUCAGAAAAAGACUCGGGUGAAAAAGCUGCAGACGAAGAAAGUGCCGACAAAGCGCGGAAAGCCAAACAAACCAGAUGCCAUUGCCAACACACAAUUGAACGAAAAGGCGGAGAAUGCAGAUGCACCAAAGGACAAUGAGAAACCGAAGGGUCAACCACAAGCAGCCUCGCCGCGGGUAUUGGUGGCACUCAAGUCGCCAGAAAAAGCGACACCUCUUCAGCCUACAGAGGACCGCCAUCCCGCCAGCGAAUUGCCAUUGAGUGGCCCGAAGAUUUCCUUUGGACUCAUUGCAGCAUAUCCGCGGUGGAUCACCUGCAUCGAUAACCAGGAACCUGGCAGGGAUCUCGAGCAAAAUCUCAUUCGAACCCAUCCAGGUCAGACAGUUAUACCUGGCAUUCCUCCAGGCAUACCUGUCCGGGCCUAUGAUCCAAAUGCCGGUCUUGCAGGCCUCAAAUGGGUAUUUGAACCUGGUCCGACUUCUGCAUGGGGUGGUCUCACCAGGCAGGAGCUUGAAAGCUGGGCGAAUGACGAACUUGCUAAGGCAUUGAGAUGCCCUUCGACUUCUUACGACUUGCAGGUCAUGUGCAGAGAGCAACACGGAAGUGCUGUCGCCAACGUCGCCAACCCGUUGCCCCCCGCGCCACGACGUAAUACUGAAAGACCUGUAACUCAAGGACGACUUGUGGAACAGAUUCGAUCUGUAGCAAGUCAAUUUCUGGAGCUCAGUCACUCACCAGUUGAAGAUACCAUAUUUGAUCGCCCACAGCUCGGUUGGAGACCACAUGAGGAAGAGCUUCCGCAAGAAGACACUAAAUACACGCAGCUCUUUUCCAUGAUGAAACGCAACAUGAAGGGGACCCUCGGGCAUCCGGAUCACCAAGACCAGUCACUUGAUCCUGUUCCAAGACCAGUACCGCAAGCAUUACUUGCAACAAACUUUAACCCAGUGCCCAGUAAGUCAGAACCGAACCCUACUUUCUCCGAGUCUCGUCGCUUCAGCAGCUGGUAG